GUGUGUGUGUGUGUGUGUGUGUAAUUGUGUAAUUGUGUAAUGUGUCUCCAUCUUCAGCGAAUGACGAUGAUGUUGAGUUCAACAAUUUAAAAACUUGAUGAGUAAUUUUUUUACGUUUUUUAAUUCUACGCUUCGGUGUAUGGCGUUAUUAAUUAACUUUGAUUAUUCGUGUUAAAUAGUCUACGAAACACUAACGCUUAAAUGGCUUCAUCAAGCUCAUCAUCACCAUUGGAAGACUUGGAAACCCAGUUGGAAAUGUUUGUUGAAAACGUACGUCAAAUACGCAUUAUAGUGGCUGAUUUUCAACCUCAAGGGCAGACGGUAUUAAAUCAAAAAAUACAAAAUGCUGUCACCGGUUUACAAGAAAUUAAUAAGUUAAAAUCCAAUAUCCAGGAUAUACAUGUACCUUUAGAAGUAUUUGAGUACAUUGAUAGAGGACGUAAUCCUCAGCUUUAUACUAAAGAUUGUAUAGAAAAAGCUUUACAUAAAAAUGAACAGGUCAAAGGAAAAAUUGAUGCCUUAAAAAAAUUCAAGGCAAAUGUAUUAGCUGAUUUAGGACAAACAUUCCCUAAUGAACUAAAUAAAUACAGAGCACUGCGAAGCAAUUGUUAUGGUACUAGCAGCGUUGCAGCACCACCACCGCCACCACCUUUGAACAUGUUAUCAUCAGUCUCUUCAUUAGGAGGACCAAAUCCACAACAGCAACAGCAGCAGAACUUAUUAGGAGGAUCAAAUUUGUCAAUUCAACAACAGCAGCAAUUAAACAAUGCAUCUUCUGCAGUAACUGCUGCGUCUUCAUGUUUGAACAACUCUCAACAGCAGCCCAAUAAUCCAAAUAUUUCAUCAUUAUUAGGUUGUGAUGGUGUUUCUACUGUAUCUGCAAGUAGUAAUAGCAACAAUAUUGGGGGCCCUCAAGGCACUCAGUAAUCAGUUUUUUGUAUAUCUUAAGCUAUAAUGUAUGUAUAUAAAUAAUAUAAUUUAUAAAAAAUAAUAUCUCAUUUUAA